GUCGCCUAGUAACUCGCGCCACGAGAAGCACGUAAGGUUGACUUUACUGAACGCCUGCGCGUUGAUGAGUUUGCGCAGGCGCACUUCCAACGUUUGCGAGGAGGGCGGGGUGUCGUUCCCUUUCGCUGAUGCAAGAGCCUAGCGCGGUGCUGUGAGAGGUAUCGGCAGGAGCUACGCUGACUCCGGGUUGUGAAGCCGACCGGUCUGACUUUUCAUCCCUGCCGAACCCGCUCGAACUACAGCCAUGUCCGGGGACGAGAUGAUUUUUGAUCCUACUAUGAGCAAAAAGAAGAAGAAGAAGAAGAAGCCUUUUAUGUUAGAUGAAGAAUGUGAUGCCCAGACAGAAGAAACCCAGCUCUCAGAGACAAAAGAAGUGGAGCCAGAACCAACUGAAGAAAAAGAUGUGGAAGCUGAUGAAGAAGACAGUAGGAAAAAAGAUGCUUCUGAUGACUUAGAUGACUUGAACUUCUUUAAUCAAAAGAAAAAGAAGAAAAAGACAAAAAAGAUAUUUGAUAUUGAUGAAGCUGAAGAAGCUAUAAAGGAUGUUAAGAUUGAAAGUGACGCUCAAGAGCCGGCUGAACCAGAGGAUGACCUUGACAUUAUGCUUGGCAAUAAGAAGAAGAAGAAGAAGAAUGUUAAAUUCCCAGAUGAAGAUGAAAUACUAGAAAAAGAUGAAGCUUUAGAAGAUGAAGACAGCAAAAAAGAUGAUGGCAUUUCAUUCAGUAACCAAACUGGUCCUGCUUGGGCAGGCUCAGAAAGAGACUACACAUAUGAAGAGUUGCUGAACCGAGUGUUCAACAUCAUGAGAGAAAAGAAUCCAGAUAUGGUUGCUGGAGAGAAGAGGAAAUUUGUUAUGAAACCUCCACAGGUCGUCAGAGUAGGAACCAAGAAAACUUCUUUUGUCAAUUUUACAGAUAUCUGUAAACUAUUACAUCGUCAACCCAAACAUCUCCUUGCAUUUUUAUUGGCAGAAUUGGGUACAAGUGGUUCUAUAGAUGGUAAUAACCAACUUGUAAUCAAAGGAAGAUUCCAACAAAAACAGAUAGAAAAUGUCUUGAGAAGAUACAUCAAGGAAUACGUCACUUGUCACACAUGCCGAUCACCAGACACAAUCCUACAGAAGGACACCCGACUCUAUUUCUUACAGUGUGAGACUUGUCAUUCUCGAUGCUCUGUUGCCAGUAUCAAAACUGGCUUCCAGGCUGUCACAGGCAAGCGAGCACAGCUCCGUGCCAAAGCUAACUAAUUUGCUAAUCACCAUUGAUUUUUCCAAAAUGUGGUGGAGAUUUGGCUGGACAGGUUACCAUCAGAAUGGAUGUACUAUUGAGUUAAAAACAAGAUAGAAAAACUGCCAAGUUCUUUUGGCGAGUGAUUGUUAUGAAAUCCUUGCAAGAUACCGAUAUUCAAGCUGUUGACAUACUCGUUGCCUACUUUAACAACUGUCAGAGAAACGUGAUGGGGUAAGGAGGUGCUUUUUAAAAUCGUUCAUAGACUUCUGUAAAUUGCAAGAUAAAUUAAAGUUAUUAUAACAGUAAUUCUUUCAAUUUGAUCUGUCCUUCGGUUUUCUUUUCUACAAUAAAGUGCUUAUUAAAUGUA